AUGAGACCCCCCACCCCUCCGACGAAGCCCACUGCCUCGCAGUCGCAGAACCGCCGUACGGCUCCCCCGCGGCGCCCGGAGCUGACCCUCUCUAUGCCCCCUCGCGACCCGGCGGCGAUCGCCGUCCCUCUUCCCCUUCCUCCUCCUCACGCCCCGCCGCCCUCCUCCUCCUCGUCAUCCUCCUCCGCCGCGCUGCCACCAUCCUCCUCCUCCCAGGUGGUGACGCCGCCGCUCUCCGACCUCGAGCGCGUCCGGCGACUCGGCAGCGGCAGCGGCGGCACCGUCUGGUUGGUCCGCCACCGCACGACGGGCUGCCACUUCGCCCUCAAGGUCAUCCAUGGCCUCCACGACGACCACCUCCGCCGCCACAUCUCUCGCGAGAUAGAGAUCCUCCGCGCAGCCGAUGACCCCUCCGUCGUGCGCUACCACCACAUGUACGUUGACCAGGCCGGGGAGAUCCAGCUCCUCCUCGAGUACAUGGACGGCGGCUCCCUCGGCGGCCGCCGCAUCUCCUCCGAGCCCUCCCUCGCCGACAUAUCCUGCCAGGUCCUCCAAGGUCUCCGCUACCUCCACCGCCGCCGGAUCGUCCACCGCGACAUCAAGCCGGCGAAUCUCCUGGUCAACUCCUCCCGCCAGGUCAAGAUCGCUGACUUCGGGGUCUCCCGCAUCCUCCCCAAGAGCUUGGACCCAUGCAAUUCUUCCGUCGGGACGAUCGCCUACAUGAGCCCCGAGAGGAUCAACACGGACCCCAAUCGCGGUGUCUACGACGGCUACGCCGCUGACAUUUGGAGUUUCGGGUUGACCGUCCUGGAGUUCUACCUAGGGAGGUACCCCUUCGGAGAGGAAGCCGGACGGCGGGGGGACUUGAUCACCUUGAUGUGCGCCAUCUGCUACUCCGACCCGCCGGCGGCGCCUCCGACGGCCUCGCCGGAGCUCAGAGGAUUCAUCUCCUGCUGCCUGCAGAAGGACCCGACCAGGCGGCUCACGGCGGAGCAGCUGCUCCGGCAUCCCUUCCUCACCAGAGCAAAAGCCGCCGCCGCUCCGCCGCAGCGGCCGCCUCCCCUCUUCUCCUAG